UGGCGGCGGUGGCGACGGCGGGGGUGGCGCGGGGCAUGGUCCCCGGGUCCGAGGGCCCGGCCCGCGCCGGGGGCCUGGUGGCCGACGUGGUGUUUGUGAUUGAGGGCACCGCCAACCUGGGGCCCUACUUCGAGGGGCUCCGCAACCACUAUCUGCUCCCCGCGAUCGAGUACUUCAAUGGUGGGCCCCCUGCCGAGACGGACUUCGGGGGAGACUAUGGGGGAACCCAGUAUAGCCUUGUGGUCUUCAACACGGUGGACUGUGCCCCGGAGUCCUACGUACAAUGCCACGCCCCCACCAGCAGCGCCUAUGAGUUUGUCACCUGGCUGGAUGGCAUUAGGUUCAUGGGCGGGGGCGGGGAGAGCUGCAGCCUCAUCGCAGAAGGCCUCAGCACCGCCCUGCAGCUGUUUGAUGACUUCAAGAAGAUGCGAGAGCAGAUUGGCCAGACACACCGAGUCUGUCUCUUGAUCUGCAACUCGCCCCCAUAUCUGCUGCCAGCUGUGGAGAGUACCACGUACUCAGGGUGCACCACUGAGAGCCUCGUGCAGAAGAUUGGGGAGCGAGGGAUACACUUCUCCAUUGUGUCUCCACGGAAGCUGCCUGCCCUCCGCCUUCUGUUUGAGAAGGCGGCGCCCCCCGCCCUGCUGGAGCCACUGCAGCCCCCUGCGGACGUGAGCCAGGACCCCAGGCACAUGGUGCUGGUGCGCGGGCUGGUGCUGCCUGUUGGGGGUAGCUCAGCCGCAGGCCCGCUCCAGCCGAAGCAGCCGGUUCCCCUGCCUCCUGCCCCGUCCUCGGCUGCCACCCUCUCCACAGCACCCCAGCAAGCUCUGCCCCCCGUCCCACCACAGUACCAGGUCCCUGGGAACCUGAGCGCCGCUCAGGUGGCUGCCCAGAAUGCAGUGGAGGCUGCCAAGAACCAGAAGGCUGGGCUGGGCCCACGCUUCUCGCCCAUCAACCCUCUGCAGCAAGCUGCCUCAGGAGUGGGACCCCCCUUCAGCCAGGCCCCAGCCUCUACACUGCCACAAGGGCCCCCUGGUGCCCCCAAGCCGCCUCCUUCAUCCCAGCCCAGCUUGGUGUCUACUGUAGCGCCUGGCCCAGGCCUGGCUCCUCCUGCCCCGUCUGGGGCCGCGUCUAUGGCUGGCUCCGUGGCCCCCGGCGGGGUGAGUGGCCCUUCCCCCGCCCAGAUGGGGGCCCCAGCUCUCGGUGGGCAGCAGUCUGUCCCCAACAAGCUCCUGGCAUGGAGUGGGGUUCUAGAGUGGCAAGAGAAACCUAAGCCAGCCUCGGUGGAUGCCAGCACCAAGCUGACCCGGUCACUGCCCUGUCAGGUCUACGUGAACCAUGGAGAGAACCUGAAGACGGAGCAGUGGCCGCAGAAGCUGAUCAUGCAGCUCAUCCCCCAGCAGCUGCUGACUACCCUGGGCCCUCUGUUCCGGAACUCGAGGAUGGUGCAGUUCCACUUCAACAAGGACCAGGAGUCCCUCAAGGGCCUCUACCGCAUCAUGGGCAAUGGCUUUGCGGGCUGCGUUCACUUCCCCCACACGGCCCCGUGCGAGGUGCGCGUGCUCAUGCUGCUGUACUCGUCCAAGAAGAAGAUCUUCAUGGGCCUCAUCCCCUACGACCAGAGCGGCUUUGUCAACGGCAUCCGUCAGGUCAUCACCAACCACAAGCAAGUCCAGCAGCAGAAGCUGGAGCAGCAGCGAGGGAUGGGGGCACAGCAGGCGCCUCCAGGCCUGGGCCCUAUUCUAGAGGACCAAGCAAGGCCCCCACAGAAUCUGCUCCAGCUCCGUGCACCGCAGCCCCAGCCUCAGGCCACUGUGGGGGCCUCUGGGGCCGCAGGGCAACCCCAGCCUCAAAGUACCACCCAGGCUCCUCCAGGUGCACCCCAGGGCCCCCCCGGAGCCGCCCCUGGUCCACCCCCUCCAGGACCCACCCUUCGGCCUCAGAACCCUGGAGCCAACCCUCAACUACGGAGUCUCCUCCUCAAUCCCCCACCGCCCCAGUCUGGGGUGCCCCUGCCCCAGGCUUCCCUCCACCACCUGCAGCCACCAGGGGCGCCCGCACUGCUGCCCCCACCACACCAGAGCCUGGGGCAGCCCCAGCUGGGGCCCCCUCUCCUGCACCCGCCGCCCGCCCAGUCCUGGCCUGCGCAGCUGCCCCCCCGUGCGCCACUUCCAGUGGCCAAACGAAAGAGAGAAGGAGAGGGCCGCGUGUUUCGAGAAAGAUGGGAGCGAGACUAUUUCUUUGUGGAAGUGAAGAACAUGCCUACGUGUUUAAUAUGCAAAAAAAUCGUGUCUGUGUUGAAAGAGUACAACCUGAAGCGCCACUAUGAGUCCCAGCACAGUAAGAGCUACAGCCAGUACACGGAGCAGACGCGCGCCGCCAUCCUCAGCGAGCUCAAGAAGGGGCUCAAGUGUCAGUAGGAGCGGAAGGAGUGAUGGGAAGAGAACUCCACCCCACCCCACCCCCAACCCCGGGCACGAGCACCCGAGUGUGGAGAGGAGUUGGAAUGCACGACUGUGAGGCGGGUUGAGUGCCACGGGCAUUUGCACGGCGCCAUGAGUUUACGGGUGCCUGGCUGAGUCCUCCGCACGUGGCCUCCUCUCCCCGCCGCUCCUAAACUCUGUCCAACCACUUAGCUUUAUUUAUUGGUGGUGGUGAGAAUCUUGAGGUGACCGAAGAUGUGUUCCCUUGGCGGGGGGGGGGGGGGUCGGGCCAAGGCAGGCCCUCUGCUGGAAGAUAGCCCCCCCCCCUUAGUCAUGUCUUGAGACAAGCCGGUGUCCCUGUGCACCUCAGGGGUUCGUAAGCACAACCACAGGCAGCCGUGGCAACGCCAGGAUCUGUCACCCUGCGGCAUCUGCUCAGGACUGAGGUCCGCCCCCCCAUCCCCCCUCCCCCCGCCCUCCCCAGGAAUCCAGUAGCACACGUCAUGGAGACCUUUGCCACAAAGCUCUGAGCUCCAGCCACGGGCCAGGGGAGCCCUGCUUGUGACAGAAAUCCCAGCGGUUGAACUUGGGGCCAUUUCAGAUCACGCAAAAGCCGCACCCCCUCUGCACCCCGGCUGCCUCUGCGGGGCUCCGCGCAAGCCACUCCUUGAACAUGGCCAUGUGGGCCCCAACCCCGCCAGCGCCAGGAGCCGGUGACACAAUGGGGCUCUUCCUUCGCUGUAGUUGCUUUCUGACUGUGAAAGGCUACUGUCUACCACAUUUGUGGGCCCCACACCAGCCCUCCCCCUCCCCCCACCAAGAGGCUCCCCGGACCACCCACCCCUCCUUUCUUGAAAUGAGCCAAUGCUGGCCCUUUGCUGUUGUCGCCCCGUGGCCUACUGUGUGAGCCCAGACCGCAAAUCAGGGCGGGCGGGCACUGGUUCUUAAACACUGUUCUUUUGGAAGACUGUGAGAUUUUUUUCAGCUCUGUCCACGUUUGGGGGUACCCACGCGGGUCCAGCAGCUGUUUUCCGUUACAACUCUGACUCAAAAAUAAUGGCUCCAGUGGAAGGACUCGAGGCUGGUUGAGCACCCCUGCCGGCCCGGCCUCGCCCGGCCCUCCAGCCGCAGCUCACAGGAGCAAGAGAAUUAUGAGAGAGCAAAAUUUUAAUAAUUAAAAUAGUUCUAUUUUUCAAUUUGUAUUUUUUCAAUUUCGAAUCUAAAGCAUAAGACGACAGUAUCAUACAUGUUUGUAUUCUGUUCCGUGCCUUCACCAUAGUUGAGUAAAGAUCCAAUUUGAUCUUC